UGCGGUUGGUCGGGAACCGGGAUUGGGCCCCCGGAGCUACUGUGGAGCGGCGGACGAUGCCCAAAGCCUGCUCUGCCAUUAACUGCCCUAACCGGGACACGCGGGAGAACCGUGCUAAGGGCCUCUCUUUCCACAGCUUCCCCAAAGCCCACGAGCUGAGGAAGAAGUGGAUGUUGGCUGUGAAUCGCAUUGAGCCCGCUUCCAGGAAGCUGUGGAUCCCAGGUUCAGGAGCCUGCCUCUGCUCAGAGCACUUCAGCCAGGAGGAGUUUGAGAUCUAUGGAGGGCAGAAGCGGCUGAAAGCGGGUGUGAUCCCCUCUGUGUUCUCGUUUAAGGAACCAAUCAAAGGGCAACAUCCUUCGAAGUCCCUUAAAGCCAUGGGCAUCAGUAGGCCAGCAGCCAGCGCCAGAGAAGCUACCUCACCAGCUGAGUCUUCUCCAGCACAAGCCAAAGCAGUGGAACUCAUCCAAGCGGAGCAUCAGUAUAGUCUGAGUGGACCUACAGAUGGCAGGACGACGACGUGUCCCCCGCCUGGCCCCGUGCUGGGAAGUGAACGGGAGCAGGAUGCAGCCCAGCGCCGCCUCUCCUACUACCAACAAGAGCUGUGGAGUGUGCUGGAGAGCCUGCGGGAGCAGCAUCUCCUCCAGGAGGACACAGAGCACAUGCUGAAAGCCCAGUUUGGUGACCUGCAGCUCAAUUUGCAGUGCGAGGGAGCCCAGUGCAAGAGCUACCCAGCUGCCACCCGCAACUUUGCAGUCUCCCUACAUUUGUUCUCAGCCAAGGCCUACGAAUUCAUGAAGAAGACUUUCCAGCUGCCAGAACCCACCACUUUAUGCAGGUGGCUCUCAAACCCCUAUUUCAAGCCGGGAUUCAGCCAACAAGCCUUUGAUGUAUUGGCAGAAAGAUCUCAAGCAGGGGAGCAAGCCUUCAAGGUGUGUUCUCUCCUUAUAGGCACAAUGCCUUUGGAAAGGAGAAUCCGCUACGAUCCUUUAACCAGGAGUUUGCAAGGUCUGGUGGACUUCGGAGCUGGGAAUUAUGAUGCGGAUGAGGUUUUGGCAGCAGGAGAAGCGCUUCUUUUGGUGGCAGUUGGUUUCCAAGGUCAAUGGAUUAUGCCUCUCGGCUACUUCCUCCUUGCCACCCUUCAAGGCGAUGUACAGGCUCAGCUCCUGCGCCACUGUAUCCUCAAACUGUACGACUCUGGCAUGCAAGUCACCUCCGUGACAUCUGAUGCUACGGCUCCCAAUAUUGACACAGCCAGGCGACUGGGAGUGCUGGUGGAUGGUCUCACCGUCAAGCCCACGUUUUUCCAUCCCGCCACCCCUACGCUGGAAAUCGCCUACUACUUUGACCCCAGCCAUUUGGUCUCCCUGAUCCGCAACGUGCUCCAAGCCGACGGAAGUCUCCGGGUGAGCGGCAAGGCUGUCUGCUGGGACUACCUCCUGCGCCUGGGUGCUCUACAGGAGGAAGAGGUGCUGCAGGCAGCCUGCCAGGCUGGAGGAGUCAGCUUGCAGGAGCAGCGGGUGUGGGGAAAUGGCACCGCACAGUUGUUUAGCCAGAGCACCGUUCAGGCCUUGCGUUUGGCAGCCAGACUAGGCCUGCCGCAGUUUCAGGGCCAUGAGGCAACCACCCACUUGAUCGGGCUGUUGAGUGCCGUUUUUGAUGCAUGCAACAGCUGGAACGCCAACGGGAAAGGCUUCAAGGCCCCGCUCUCUCUUGCCAGCGUUGACGCCCUCAACAAUCUCUGCAAUGAGUAUGAGAACCUGCUUCGCAAACUGCGUACUGCCGCGGGGAGGCCCCUCGGGCUGAGCAGGCAUCGAUGGGGCUUCCUUGGCUUCCUUGUGAACCUGCGCAGCUUUCAGUGGGUGGCGCAGACUCAUCUUCAGGCAGAAGACAAUCCCGUCGCUUAUUUGCUCCCAUGUUGGUGGAGCCUGGAUCCUUUGGAGUGGUGCAGGGGAGCCAUACGGCGAGCCUGUGGGCAUAAAGACAUUUCCACAGUGUGGGAUUUCCAGCGUGGUUAUAGGCUGGCCUUAAACAGAGCCAUUUCUGGCCUGGGUAUUGACCCACCAAACCUGCUAGACAUCUCCUUACACAGACGGACCAGCCUUCAGUUGCAGGCCUCAUGGCCUCUAAGGCAAGGGCAAAUCUGGCUUCCCCAAGAGUCGAACUGUAUCGUUACAGCCCCAGCCUUUCUGGCUGAGUUAGAGGAAGACACAGUCACCUACAUGUCCUGCGCUGUUCUGGGAAAGCUGCUGCCGCUCCUGUCUUGUGCCGCGUGCCGUGCUGCCCUCUUGUGCCCAUGUCGUGGGGUGCCUGCAGGCAGUGCCCUGAUGUUGGUGGAGAGCAAGGGAGGAAAGUAUCUCCCAGCAAAGUCCGUACGGAGAGUGAUCCGUAGAGCAAAGCAGACUGUUGGCUUUUCUUCUUGGUGCUUCAGGGACUCCAGUUGCUGUGGGUGCUUAGCCCAGGAGCUGGCCAUCUUGGCAGAUGUGAGUGAGGAACCUGAUCUUUUCUCCUCCCUGGUCGAUCACCUCUUUGAGAGCAACACUCUGGUUUCCAACCAUUACGUCACUCUACUGCAGGAACUUGUGCGAACCUUCUUGGAGCUGUGGUUCGAGGUAGUGCAAGGAUCACAAGCCCUACCCCGGGCUCGGAUGUGUAGCUCUGUGGAGAAGAUUGGCAAUAAGCAGAGCAUAGGCCAUACAGAUUGCCCCAGAAGGAGCUGGCGUCGGCAAACGCUCGGAGUCACAGAAUGGUACAAGGUUCUCUGAAGGAAGUGGUCUGGUAAGUGCUAGUGAUUGCAUGGCCUAGUGGAGAAGGCAUAGCCCAUAGAAUACAAGCUCACGGGAAACAGGAAACCUUGAGGCCACUGUGCAGUUGGCUGCCUGUGAUUGGAAGAGCAGAGACUGGGCGACACAAGCUGAACUGGCAUGGCAGAAGGGCCUCUCCAGAGCCAGCCUUUCAAGUGAAAAUGCCACAUGUGUGUGUUGGGGGAGCAUCGGUGCAAGGUGUACAUCUUCGCGAUCUCGCCACCCAGUCAGAGAAACAAAUGGCUUGUUGAGUCCAAGGGCUGCCAUGGGGGAACAUUAGACAAGCAUUUGUUUCCCUGAAGAUUUUUUUUAUUGGUCUGGGAAGCCGGAAUCAUGUGGCGCAGUUUGUGUGUGUGUGGUUAAUUCACCACCAGAAAACAGCCAUGAUUGUUUUAGAAUGAAAGAGCAGCCAGAGGGUUCGAUUCACAGCUGAGUUUCGCCUGAAGCGCAUGACCAGGUGAUCUUGGAUGAACUGUAGCACAUUUUGUAAGAUGACCUUUGGAUAUUUUGUUUGUCUGUCUCCAAAUGCAAUAUUUGUAUUGAUUCCACUGUGUCACGUUUUAUUGGAGAGCUGGCUGGGAAUGAACAGGAUGCAAAUGAACUGGAAGAAAAAGUGAUUAUUGGUGGGUCUGUAUAAAGGGAUGGAGCAAAUUCCCCUCACGUCAGAAAUGGUGCCCUGUCCUUGUAGCUUGUACAGUAGCUGCAGGGCAAGAAGCCUUCUACGGAAUCAAUGCAGCUGCAAACAUUUUUUGAAGCCCUUCAAUUAGUCCACUGCCACCGAAGCACUUAUGCCCCAGAAAUGCGGGUAUUUAUCACAACACUCCUGGGAGCUGGAAAAAUAAAACAACCAACAUAUUACAGAUGUGGGAAUCAUCCAGCUCCAAAGCCAUGUGUGUGUUACGAAACCAAAUUAUUGCAUAAAAUCUGUGCCUCCUUUCAUUGCUAUGGGUUGUUUUUUUAAAAUGAACAACAGUGCAAACGUUUUUCAAAUAAAAUAUUCUUCCGAAA